CGAGGGUGUCCCCAAGGCGGGGCGAGUGCACUGGGUGAUUUCCGCGUCCUGCUCCCUUGCCGCCUGAUUUGGGGCCAUUUGAGAAGUUUUCAACUUCCGGAGUUGGCUCGCCUGGCAGAGCUUGCGGUGCAGUGGUCAUCUGGGGGCCUUGGAGUGCGGGGUUGUUGCCAGAGCUGGGCGCGGCCCUUUGAACUUUGUUUUUUUAAACUUUGGGGGUGUGGUCGCAGUGACUCCCUCUGGCAGCAGCUGGUUGCACUGCAGUCACCUUCCAUUCCACCCCGCCUUUCAGAUGCUUUGGAGCUAUGAACCGGGUGGGUGUCGGCACCCCUCUGGUGACCGAGGUGAUUAAAGAUCGCCUUUGUUUUGCCAUUCUCUACAGCAGACCAAAGAGUUCAUCAAGUAUACAUUAUUUCAGCAUAGAUAAUGAACUUGAAUAUGAGAGUUUCUAUGCAGAUUUUGGACCACUCAAUCUGGCGAUGGUUUACAGAUACUGCUGCAAGAUAAAUAAGAAACUAAAGACUGUUACAAUGAUAAGGAAGAAAAUUAUUCAUUUUACUGGUUCUGAUCAGAGAAAACAAGCAAAUGCUGCUUUCCUUGUUGGAUGUUAUAUGGUUAUAUAUUUGGGGAGAACUCCAGAAGAAGCAUAUAGGAUAUUAAUAUUUGGAGAUACAUCCUAUAUUCCUUUCAGAGAUGCUGCCUAUGGGAGUUGCAGUUUCUAUAUUACACUUCUCGACUGUUUUCAUGCAGUAAAGAAGGCAAUGCUGUAUGGCUUCCUUAACUUCAGUUCAUUUAACAUUAAUGAAUACGAAUACUAUGAGAAGGCAGAAAAUGGAGAUUUAAAUUGGAUAAUACCAGACCGAUUUAUUGCAUUCUGUGGACCUCAUUCAAGAACCAAACUGGAAAGUGGUUACCACCAGCAUUCUCCGGAAUCUUAUAUUACAUAUUUUAAGAGUCACAAUGUCACUACUAUUAUUCGUCUGAAUAAAAGGAUGUAUGAUGCCAAACGCUUUACAAAUGCUGGUUUCGAUCACUAUGAUCUUUUCUUCGCGGACGGUAGCACGCCAACAGAAGCCAUUGUCAAAGAAUUUCUGGAUAUUUGUGAAAAUGCUGAGGGUGCCAUUGCUGUGCAUUGUAAAGCUGGCCUUGGACGAACAGGCACUCUAAUAGCCUGCUACAUGAUGAAACAUUAUAGGAUGACAGCAGCUGAGACCAUCGCUUGGGUCAGAAUCUGUAGACCUGGCUCUGUGAUUGGACCUCAGCAGCAGUUUUUGGUGAUGAAACAGGCAAGCCUCUGGUUGGAAGGUGACUACUUUCGUCAGAAGUUAAGGAAUCAGGAGAAUGGAAAACACAAAACAGCUGUCUCAAAACUCCUCUUGGCUGUUGAUGACAUUUCCAUCAAUGGGGCUGAGAAUGAAGACAAGCAAGAACCUGAACUGUACAGUGAUGAUGACGAAAUCAAUGGCGUGACACAAGGUGACAGACUUCGGGCCGUGAAGAGCAGAAGACAAUCAAAAUCAAAUGCUGUUCCUCUCACAUGUUCCCUAGGUGUGCUGACCUCUGCACUAUGUAGUUUUGUCAUCUGGUGGAUUGUUUAUGACUACAUUCUUCCCAUCCUGCUAUUCUGUCUCGAUGGUCUAAGAAUACAGUAGCCAUCAGGACCCUUUGACAAAUAGCUGCUGUUCCCGCCAUUUCAAGGACUAAAACUGUCUUACGUUAAGUAGAAACCCGUCACCAGAAUUGAAGGAAGAUCCUAGGAGCAGAAAACUACAACAGGACUUACUAGCACAAUUUUUUUUGGAUACAAACAAACAAAAAAGCCUUAGCUGCUUUUCCACCUAAGAAGUUUAUUCAAUGAAGAAAAUGUCCAUUGGAGUUUCAGUAAUUGCAUUUAAUGUGGGUGCGAGUGAAUGACUUGAAGAAGGCCCAGCUCCCCUUUGUAGAAAUGUCUAAAUUUACAAAGAAGCUGUUGUAAAUUUAGUCUCAGGUGUAAAUACGGAAGUCCUUGGUUAUCGAGAGCGUUAAAAUAGUCCGUGUGGUACAUGUGUGAGCCUGUGAUGGCAAUCAUUGUAGCUGCUGGCCUUCAGAAGAAUUGAGGAUCUGAUGGAGGCCUUUUAUGUAUUUGUUUUCUGUUCACCCUGUGUCAAAAUUUAUAAAGGUAAAAUAAGUCUGACUAAAAUAGUACUUUCCACAAUGUGAUGCUAUUUGGUUUAAUCAUCUUCGUGUUAAUGUUUGUAAUACUGUUCUAGUGUGAACCUCUGUCAAGUACCCAGGCUGCUUCCACCAAAGAGUGCAUUAUUAACAAGAAUCUGUGAAAACUUAAAAAACAAAGACUGUAGAAUGUUAUGAUAUGAAGUGGUACUUUGAUAACCUAAAACUAGCAAGAGAAUAUUAAUGGUGACUUUAGAAGACUCAGGAAGACAAACAGAUUUCAGAGUUAGAAGAUUGCCAAGACCCUUUUAUGUCAUUUAACUGACUCAAGACUACCUACAGUUAGUUUGGUUCCCCAGCCAUGCAAAUUAAAAUCGUAUUUCUUUCCAUACAUGGUGGAAAAACACUGUUGGUGUUUUUCCUUGUAGACAGUGAAUCCAAAUAAUGGUGACUCUUCUUGUUUGUUUUAAGAAAGAGUUACUACUUUAUCCAUUGUUUCCAUGUAGUAUUGUGGAUUUUACUGUUCUUUUGUGAUCGGCAUAAUAUCAUUUACACACAGUUUGAUUUUUUGUGUGUGUGACAGUUAUUUACACAUCUGAAUUUUAGUUGUUUGUAAAUAAAAAAUCUCACUGUUGCCUUUGGGUUAGGGACUAUGACUAGUAACUUUGUAGAGUGCCUUCUCCCUUUAACCCUACUGAAACACAGCAGAGUCUAUGAUAUAAAACAACCACACACAAAAAAGUUUAUUUGCUGCUAAGGAAAGAAAUGGGGCCCCAAAUAAAAGAAUAUUUCGCAAUAUCCUUAACUUUUAUAGUAAGAAAUGGCUAUAUUGGGAGUCAGGCAGUAGUGCAGCGGAUUAAGCGCACAUGGCGCAAAGUGCAAGGACCGGCAUAAGGAUCCCGGUUCAAGCCCCCGGCUCCCCACCUGCAGGGGAGUCGCUUCACAAGCGGUGAAGCAGGUCUGCAGGUGUCUCUCUAUCUUCCCCUCUUCUCUCCAUUUCUCUCUGUCCUAUCCAACAAGGGCAACAAAAGGGAAUAAAUAAAUAAAUAUUUAAAAAAGGAAAAUAUAUAAUAAUAAUAAUAAAAGAAAUGCCUAUAUUAAUUAUUGUUAACUAAUGUUCACCUAACCUAGCGUGGAGGGUGGAAGGGUAUAAUAUGGAAGGACAAUAGAAUAUUAAGCAAAUGACUUCACAUUACUUCUCCCCCCACAAAAAAAAAAAAAAAAGGACUGUAGGUAGUUCUAUUUUUAAAACACUGCCUUUCAACAAAAUUGUGAAGAAUAAGAAAUCAGUUAGUGCAAAGAGUUAUUUGGAAGGCCCUAACUCCAUUUUGGAAUUUGUUGUCGUGGAGUGAAUUAUAAGGUUGACGGAAUCUGAGGGGAGAUGGCCAGGCAGGCCUUCCCUCUAGGCCCAAUGAGAGUUGAGUCACACCAGCUUUUAAAUAGUGGAGACUCAGAAAAUAUCAGUGUUUUUUCAUCCUUGGAAGCAAACAGAAACUAAAAUCUUCUUGUCUGAGGGAAGAGGGCUCUUCAGUAAGCUUUGGGUAAGAGGAGAAACAUUCCAUUUUUCUGUGUUGUGCUGGGAAACAAUACUGAAUGUUCAGAUUGUACCCAGGCAUAAAACGUUGACUUCUCAGGGCAACUCUUCUCCCCUUACAUUUUUAAAGGCUAUCUCCUACAUUAAGAAUCCAGGUAGUUCUGAAAACUUCCAUCUGAACCAUUCUUGAUUUGACUUUGUCCUAUAUCCAAAUGAUUACACAUGUUGUCUCUUUUUCAUGUGUCACAUAAGCAACUUGGUCUUGACCAAGAGUGAAAAAGUUGGCUUUCAAUGUUAACCCCACCAAUUUUUUCUUUUCCAAAUUGCCUUUUCUUGUUGGCUGAUUAUUUCCAGCUAAAAUUGCUAUCACUGUGGCUCUUUCCAUAAACACUUUUCCCCCCCCUGUUAGCAGGUUCACUCACUGAAUUCCUUUGUCAAAGGGAACUGAAGAUUUGAUAAAGUGACAUUUCUUGGAACACAAGUAGGACUCAGGCUAAUGUUUCAGAUGCAUUGCACAGCACACUGUUUUUAACUUAAGUUUCUGGGUCUGGUUGAUAGAAAGUUCUUCCUGCUAUGAAUAAAUGUGGACCUUCCCCCUCCCACACACACCCCACACCCAGAAUCUUCUCUGAGUCUAACCUGGGAGUCUUCAUUAUAGAAUAUGAAGCGGGGUAUAUGAGAUGGAGAGUGUCUAUUAUCUUAAGAGCCUUAAUGAACAUUGAAAGUAUACCAAGAUAAUUUCCACUCAAAUUAAAAUGACAAAUGUUAGGAAGAUUGUUAGAGUGCCCUUGAAGCUUUUGGAGGCAAAUGAUGAAGGAUCAGGGUCAGUCCAGAGGAAGAGUGUCUGCAAAACUGGGUACCAGGGAGUACAGUCUUCUGUUUUAUGAUUCGAAAGGGAAAAUGGAAUCUCUCUUACCUGGUGGCAAGAGAGAGUCUGUCCCUGAGCAGCUGCCUCACUGGUGAUAGGCCACCAGUCAAGUAGAGCUGCUUCCUAGCAACAGGCUACUCUUUGGAGUCUGGAAUUUUUCUGCUCAGAACUUGAUUCUCUUAACCUAACGCUCACUCUUCUCCCUGCCCUAGCCCUCACAAGGGUAGUUUCUACCUCUUUUCUUGGCCCAAACACAUUUCAGAGGAGUUUUCUGGUGUUUCACGGGGCAAAAUGUUUGCACUUGGAGCUAGAUGUCCAGUGAGUGUGUGGUGGGGACCAGCAGUUGCACUGGGGGGCUCCUGCCAGUAGUCCCUGGAGCCUUCCCUUUGCUUCACCAUUCAUGACCAAUGAGCAAGGUACUCUGCUAUACCAGUUGUUUUAAAUUUAGCUUAGCCACUUCUCGUACAUUUAAAAAAGAAAAAAGUGAAUUAUAUUCUAGAAAGCAAUGUUCAUCCAAAAAAAAGUUAUAAACACUUUAGUUCAUUCACAGUUAAUUUUUUCACUGAGGCUGUCUUGGUGAAGCUAAUUCCUGUUCUUCUGUGUCUCCCAGAUCUGAGUAUUCUCCAUGCUGCCAAGAGGAAAUACUAUAAAUGUGUUUAAAAGACUGGACCAUUAUCUAUACUGUGUAGGAAAUGACCUCCUUAGUUGCCCAGUAGAAUUAACAGUCAAAAGACUUGUUCACCUGAUUAUAGUAUUAUAGUUUUAUAUUAACUGCAAACUUUUAUCUAACCUGCACUCAUGUACAGAUUAUGAAAAGUUUUAAAAAUGUAACUGAUUAAUCAGUACUUGAUCUGUUGUCCCAAUUUUUUAUUGAAAUGUAUAUUUCUAAUCAUUUUAUAAAGCUCAGAGAACUGGUUGACUGGAUGUUUAUUUUCUUGAAAGUAUUUUUAAGAUAAAGCUUCAACAAUGGCCUGUAAACUUUGCAUAUCUAUGUAGUUUGAUACAUAUGUUGUUGCAUUUGCAAAUCUUGUGUAUUGUGACUGGUUUUAUACAAAAUAUUGACUAGUGGGAAGUUGUAUAAUUAUAACCAUGCAAUUAAAAGUAUUAACCAAACUUG